AUGGCCAAGGAGAAGAAGGACGGGGUGGUGAAGGAGGUGAUACGGCUCGAGAGGGAGUCCGUCAUCCCCAUCCUCAAGCCCAAACUCGUCAUGAAGCUCUCCUACCUCAUCGAGCAAGAUAAAGACCGUGCCGAGUUUAUGAAGCUAUGCAGGAGGGUGGAGUACACUGUACGUGCUUGGUAUCUCCUGCAAUUUGAGGAUCUAAUGCAACUAUACGCCCUAUUCGAUCCUGUUUCUGGUGAGAAGAGUUUGGAGCAGCAGAGCCUGACACGUGAUGAAACUGAAACCCUUGAACUCAAUUUCUUAACGUACCUUUUUCAGAUAAUGGACAAGAGCAACUUCAAGUUGUUGUCUGAUGAAGAGAAUGAAGUAGCUCAUUCUGGUCAGUAUCUUCUGAACCUACCGAUCAAGGUUGACGAAUCGAAGGUCGACAAAACGCUGUUGAGCAGGUACUUUAAAGAGCACCCACAUGAUAACCUACCAGCAUUUGCCGAUAAGUAUAUUGUCUUCCGGCGAGGCAUUGGAAUCGACCAAACUACCGAUUACUUCUUUAUGGAGAAAGUUGAUGUGAUCAUAUCUCGAGCCUGGAGAUUCUUGUUAAGAGUCACAAUGAUUGAGAAAUUGUUCUCUAGGAAGCGACAAUUGAAGCCAAAGAAAGACACAAAGAAGACUGACGAAGUCAAUGACGAAGAGCCAGCAGACCUCUUUGUUGAGCGCAUACGCCUUGAAAAAAUGGAGCUGAGGAGGGCUAGCAAAGAAACUAAGAAAGAUCGAGGAAUAUUUGUAAAGCAUUUCAAGAAUAUUCCAAUGGCUGACAUGGAGUUAGUUCUGCCAGAGAAGAAGAACCCUAGUCUAACACCAAUGGAUUGGGUCUUGUUCCUUAUUUCCGCGGUGCUUGGUUUGGUCACUCUAGUAGGUUCUCUAGAAAUGCCAAAGGCUGACAUAUGGGUCGUGACAGCCAUAGUUUCUGGUUUGGUUGGAUACUGUGCGAAGAUCUACUUUACAUUUCAGGCAAACAUGGUGACUUACCAAAAUUUAAUCACAAAAUCGAUGUAUGACAAGCAGCUUGACAGUGGGAAAGGGACACUUCUACACUUAUGCGACGAUGUGAUCCAGCAAGAAGUUAAAGAGGUCAUUGUUUCUUAUUACAUUCUGAUGGAGCAAGGAAAAGCAACUAUACAGGAUCUUGAUUCACGUUGCGAACAGCUCAUCAAGGAAGAGUUUGGCGUGGAGUGCAAUUUCGACGUUGUUGAUGCUGUGAAGAAGCUUGAAAAGCUUGGAAUUGUGUCCCGGGACUCAAUCGGGAGGAUCGUGUGCGUUCCGUUGAAGCGUGCAAAUGAGAUCAUAGGAACUACGACCGAGGAAAUGGUGAUGCGUGCCCAGCAAGCACCGGCUGGUUCGUAG